AUGAUGGACCUCACGCCUCCACCACUCAUUCCGUCGCCAGCACUGUCGCAUCAACAAAAGCAGCAGCAGCAGCAGCCGCCGGCCCAGCAACACCAGCAGCCUCCCUCGCCACACAAUCGUCCCCAACAAGCACAGCAACGCCAACAGCAUCGGCCACAGGUAACGUCACACUAUGGCAUGGUUCAGAACCGCUCCUCAGCAUCAUCGACGGCCGGCUACCCCUCGGUCGCUCUCUUGGACCUCGACCGGGGCACCUCUUCGACGGCCCAACGGCUCCAUCUAGGUCGAUCAUCGCAGGCCCUAGCACCAAGGACGAUCACCGAGCCGCAGUGGGAGUAUCCCCAUCAGCUACCUCCGGUGCUUGACACUGGUCAUGACAUCUUCGCCAACUAUGCAAUCGUCCAGCCUCAGGAACCGGCUGCUGAAGCCUACCACGUCCAUCCAACAGUUGGUCAGGAUUGGGCCUCGCGGCACGCGGGACACAAUGCAAGUGACCGAACCUCGAAUCCCGUUGUCCAUGGCAAUGAAUUCGCAUAUACCUCCCAUGACGUUGGCAUGCUAGGAGUUAACCCCCACGACCCGUCCCCUGGGCCAGCGGCACACCAGACACUGACCCUGCCAACAUGCCCCCCUAACGAUACUACCGGCACCGUCCUGAGCUCUUCGGUCAACCCGUUUCCCUCGCAGUCGCCACCGAGCUUUGUCGCGCAAGGAUGGAUAAGACCCAGUGGUAGCGGCCUCUCGCAGCGAGCCGUGCUGUCAGUGCCGGCCACCUCAGCUUCUGUCGUCGCAAAUACUACCCGCACGCGGCGUGUGCCUCGGAAGCACACUACCAAAGACGAGGCCAAUUUUCAAUGCACAGUCGAGGGUUGCGGCAAGUUCUUCAGCCGCAGUUACAAUUACAAGUCACACCUUGAAACCCAUGACGAGCAACGCGAAUACCCCUUUCCGUGUCUGGUGAGCGGCUGCCACAAAAAGUUUGUCCGGAAAACCGAUCUUCAGCGACAUCACCAGAGUGUCCAUGCCAAGGAGCGAAAUUACCGUUGCGACUACUGUGGCCGGCUCUUCGCCCGCAAAGACACCUUGCGCAGGCAUAUGGAGGAUGGCUGCUCCAAAAGAUUCGACAUCAAGACUCUCGAUCUGCACAGCCGUGGGCUCUCGGCUCCCGUUCCGCCAGCCCCGAGGAUCGAGCAAGAGAAUGGUGGGGCAGAUGGAAAGGGCCUCCUGAUGCCACCAACUUCACCACACACACUGCCGCCGGAACAACCCUGGCGAAGUUAA